AUGAGCGUCUGGACGUCUCGGCGCGCCUUCCCGAUCUCGCUCUGCCUCUCUGUGCUUUUAAACUGUUUGGUCACAGCGCGGACCUUCGAGGUGACACUGCUUCACACCAACGACAACCACGCGCGGAUCGAGGAAACCAACGAGAGCUCGGGGAAAUGUCCAUCCGGGGGAACCUGCUUCGCUGGGGUCGCCAGGCGGUUCACUAAAGUGUCGGAGAUCCGGAAAAAGGAGAAGAAUGUGUUGUUUCUGGAUGCUGGAGACCAGUUUCAGGGAACUGUCUGGUUCAACUACUACAAAGGCGCCGAAGCAGCGCACUUCAUGAACAAACUUGGUUAUGAUGUCAUGGCGUUUGGAAACCACGAGUUUGACAAUGGAGUGGAUGGUCUGAUUCAGCCCUUCCUCCAGAAUGUGAAUUGCUCUGUGCUGAGUGCCAACAUAAAACCUGACCAGACUCUGGCCACAAAACUCAGUGGAUACUACCAGCCCUACACAGUCCUCGAUGUGGGCUCAGAGAAAGUGGCUGUGGUCGGCUACACCACUGCAGAGACCCCCUUCUUAUCCAUGCCAGGCCAGCACCUAACGUUUGAGGAUGAGGUGGAGACACUUCAGAUUCAGGUGGAUAAGCUCGAAACUCUGGGCUAUAAUAAAAUCAUUGCCCUGGGCCACUCUGGCUUUGAUGUGGAUAAAGACAUCGCCAAGCGAGUGAGAGGAGUUGACAUUGUUAUUGGAGGACACACCAACACAUUCCUCUAUACUGGAAACCCCCCAUCCACUGAGGUCCCAGCAGGUCCCUACCCCUUUAUGGUGAGGUCCAAUGAUGGGAGAAAUGUGCCGGUGGUCCAGGCCUAUGCCUUUGGGAAAUACCUUGGAUACCUGAAAGUUACUUUUGAUGAGGCUGGGAAUGUGAUAAAAGCUACUGGAAACCCAAUUCUAAUGGACAGCAGCAUUCCUCAAGACCCGGAUGUCCUUGCUGACGUAGAGAAGUGGAAGAAAGACUUGGCUCAUUACUCCUCACAGUAUGUGGGACAGACCUUAGUCUACCUCAAUGGAACCUUUGAAGAGUGUCGAUUUCGGGAGUGUAACCUUGGCAACCUAAUCUGUGAUGCCAUGAUUCAUCACAAUAUAAAGUAUUCAAAUGAGUUGCAGUGGAAUCACGUGAGUAUAUGUAUGCUGAAUAGUGGGGCCAUACGGACAGCUAUAGAUGAGCACUACAAAAACGGUUCCAUAAGUAUGGAGGAGAUCCUCACCAUUUUACCAUUUGGAGGAACAUUUGACUUGGUCAAGAUAAAAGGAUCAACAAUGAAAAAGGCAUUUGAACACUCCAUUCACAGAUAUGGAAGCAUGUCUGGAGAAUUUCUUCAAGUCUCAGGCAUUCACGUAGAGUACGACCUCUCCAGGCCAGUGAACCAGCGUGUAGUGUCUGUGUCCACGCUCUGCAAUGAGUGCCGUGUGCCCAAGUAUGAACCAUUAGACCCAGAAAAGACAUACACUGUGGUCGUGCCUUCAUACAUUGUGGCCGGAGGGGAUGGCUUUACCAUGAUCAAAGAGGAGUUGCUAAAGCAUAACACAGGUGAUAUGGACAUUUCUGUUUUAUCCAAAUACAUCUCAGACAUGAAGUUUGUGUACCCUGCAGUGGAAGGCCGGAUCAUAUUCAGGAACUCAGCUGUCUUUGCAACCCACAAUCUCGGAUUAUUGCUCCUAGGUUUAUGUCUGUCCCUGACCCUCUGAUUGGUUUUUUUGUACUCCUGGAAACUGUGAUAAACUUAAGGGAGAGUUCCGCUGCUUUUGAAACUCCUCUCGGUAUGGGUUAACUGCCUUUCCAUUUCACUGCCUUCAAGGAUAACUAGAAGACAACACAAAUGCAGUGUCAGCCUCGGUAGAUUCAAUAUCCCGGCAGGAAUUUAUUUUAUCCCACAAAUCAGCCAAUGAUUUAAACAACCGUUUAUCCUGUAUACUAAGAUCUUACAGACACAGCAAGGUGAACAAGUUAAAUAUGAAAAAAGCAAAGAUGUAUUGGACAUUAAAUAUUUUUGACAUAAAAGUGCAUGUAACAAUUAAAAUUUUAGUAAGGUAGACUGCAAAUAUGAAUGUCACUUUCCUGCAUAUAUAAAGGAACUGAAAAAGUGCCAUGUUUUGUCUAAAAUCCUGACAACACAUUUUAUCUGAAGAAUAACUAAAUAAGUUAGUAAUCAUUUACAGUUGCAUUAGAAAUGAUUGUACCAUGGCCAGUUGCAACAAACUGUCAUUCAUU